UACUAAUUUUUAGUGUAAAGGUACGCAAACCAGUACAAAUUGGUGCAAAUUGUAGCGCACGGGAACACUCUUCAUAUAUGUUUGACGUUUUAUGUUUGCAACAAUAGAAAUUUAAGCGGGAAGUGCGGUCUUCACACGUUGUUGGUAUAGCGUUGGACAAUAUUUUUUGGGGCUUUCACUUCAAUAUUUCAGUCAAGCGAAAGUGGUUUUAUGUUUGAGAUAUUCCUUUAAGUCAAAUACCUGAAGUUGUGAUAAAAGUUCUCUCUGCGAAAAUGUCUGACACAGAUUUCAAUUCAGAUGAGUCAUAUGGAGCUGAAUCUGGAUCUGGAUCUGGAUCUGGAUCUGUAUCUGGUUCUAGUUCUAGUUCUUUCUUCUUUUCUAAUGAAGAAGAAUGUAUUGCAAACAAUAGUAUUCCAAAAUCUAUAUCAGAGCAAAUCAAACAAGGGGCUAUAAAAAAAACUAUUUUAUACCGCGAAGAGAACGUAGAAUUUGAUCGCUCUGACUGUGAAAUUCCAAUAUUGCCUUCUAUAAAGUCUUCAAAAUAUAAAAUAGAAAAGCUGAACAUUUGUUCCUGCUGUGACAACCAUAAUUGCACUUGUAUUUUUACAGACUCUGACUUCGACUCAGAAUCUGUUGACUUAGGCAAUGUAGGAACCAAAGAGCAGCCUAUAUCAAACAUAAUAUAUCCAUUUAAAUCACUGCCGAAAGAAGAAAAGUAUGGAAUUUCUAAAGGAUUUGCUGAUAAAAUUGCAAAUAAUAAAAAUAAAAUUAUGAUACUAAAGGUGGAUACGGGCUUUGAAGAUCACACAGACUUCAGUUGUUACGUUUGCAGCAAAACUGUCCGUCUUUGGCAUGAAUUAACUCCUGAAGAAAUUUACGAAUUAUAUGAAGUUGAAGGAACUACAUUUAUUAGUCAAAAAGUUUUUAUGGACCUCAAUUUUUUAUUUGUCAACUGUGAACCGUGCACCGAAGAUAAACCAUGUUCAAUUUCGGAGUGGUUAAAGUGGACAGAGGGUUGGAACUUUUACGUACGUAGCAACAAAUUUCAAGCAGAGAAAAAAGUACUCGACCUACUUAAAGCAUUUGCAGUAAAGUUAGGCGAUCGUAGUAAGGCGGAGAAUAUAUAAUUUUAGUUUCAUUAAUUCUUUAAUCACAAUUUAAAAUCAUAAGUAAAACAA